UGGUGGAUUAUGGGAUAGGUCGAAGCUUUCGAGCGGUUACCAAUUCGUUCUCUCGAGUGACGACCUUACUGCAAGAUGACCAAGGGAACGUCCAGCUUUGGUAAGCGCCAUAAUAAAUCACACACCCUGUGUGUACGAUGUGGCCGCAAAGCCUAUCACAUCCAAAAGAAGCGUUGCGCGGGGUGUGGAUUCCCAUCAGCUCGUCUGAGGAAAUUUAACUGGAGCAUGAAGGCCAAGAGAAGGACCACCACUGGCACCGGUAGAAUGCGCCACCUCAAGCUUGUCUACAGACGCUUCCAGAAUGGUUUCCAGGAAGGCACACAGGCCAAGUCCCAGAAGAAGAAUGUAGCUGCGGCACCGCAGCCAGCCCAAGCAUAGGACUUGUGUAAAAAUACUUAAUAAAAUCUCAUCUGCAAAAGGUCCA